AUGGGCGUUUUCCAACAGGCCAUUGAGCCUCUUCAGGAGCGCUUCCAGGAGCUGGGAACCGGCUCUCAAGUUGGUGUCAGCUUUGUCGCUUUCAUUUUCCUUGCCGUUGUCCUCAAUGUGUUGAAGCAACUAUUCUUCAGCAAUCCCAAUGAGCCUCCCAUGUUCUUCAAGAAGAUGCGAGCCAAGCAUGGCGACGUUUACACCUUUGUCCUCCUCGGAAAGAAAAUGACUGUCUGUCUCGGUACCAAGGGCAACGAUUUCAUCCUGAACGGCAAGCUGCGCGACGUGAACGCCGAGGAGAUCUACACCGUCCUGACCACACCCGUUUUUGGCCGUGACGUCGUCUAUGACUGUCCCAACGCGAAGCUCAUGGAGCAGAAGAAGUUCAUGAAGGGUUCCCUUACCACCGAGGCCUUCCGCAGCUACGUCCCCAUCAUUACGGAAGAGGUCAACAACUACUUCCGUACGACGUCUACGUACAAGGCCAAGUCGGGUACAAUGAACGUCGCCAAGGCGAUGGCCGAGGUCACCAUCUUCACCGCUUCUCACAGUCUGCAGGGCAAGGAAAUCCGAGAUCAGUUCGACGAGUCCCUCGCCGACCUCUAUCACGACCUCGACAUGGGCUUCACUGCCAUCAACUUCAUUCUCCAUUGGGCUCCUCUCCCUGGAACAAGAAGCGAGACCACGCCCAGCGCACCCCGCCUGAUGAACGCGACCUACAAGAAUGGCAUCAAAAUUCCCGACCACGAGAUUGCCCACAUGAUGAUUGCCCUGCUCAUGGCUGGUCAGCACUCGUCGUCGUCCACCAGCUCUUGGAUCAUGCUCCGCCUCGCCCAAAACCCUGAGAUUAUGGAAGAGCUCUACCAGGAGCAGGUUCGCGCUUUGGGCAAGGACCUGCCCCCUCUGCAGUACGAGGACCUCGCCAAGCUUCCCCUCAACCAGGCCAUCAUCAAGGAGACCCUCCGCCUGCACGCCCCUAUCCACUCCAUCAUGAGGGCCGUCAAGAGCCCCAUGCCCGUUCCCGGAAGCAAAUGGGUCAUUCCCACCAGCCACACCCUCCUCUCGGCCCCCGGUCUCUCUGCCUCGGAUCCUCAGUUCUUCCCCAGCCCCGACGCCUGGGACCCUCACCGAUGGGAGAAGGAUUCUCCCAACGCGCCCACCAUUGUCCGCCAGGAGGCCGAGGAGGACGACGAAAAGAUUGAUUACGGCUAUGGCCUAGUCAGCAAGGGUGCCGGUUCUCCCUACCUCCCCUUUGGCGCCGGCAGGCAUCGGUGCAUUGGUGAACACUUUGCCAACGUUCAGCUGCAAACCCUUGUCGCCAACGUCGUCAGGACCUUCAAGUUCAAGAACGUCGAUGGUGGCAAGACGAUUGUUGGCACUGAUUACCAGUCUCUCUUCUCGCGCCCCCUGGAGCCCUGCAACAUCCACUGGGAGCGCCGCGAUGAGGCGUAA